UUCAGUAAUUACACAUCAGUUGCAAGGUGCAGUUGGAUGGGAGAUCACAGUGAUGUCAGGACAGGGAUGGCUUACUGCAGGAGAUAAGGCCAGCUAAUGGAGAUGAAAUAAAUCGGUAUUUAAAAGGUCUUUUUUAGUUAAGGCAGUUAGCUGGCACCAGACUGCACUUGCACCAGUUUACUGCUUCGUGGACAACCAUUUGGAAGGUAGUGGAAGAGGUGCUGCUGUGAGCUCUGUAAAGGGGUGACUGAUAUUACUCCUGUUUUGACCUGAACUUGGAAAAGCAACCUCCAAAUUCUACUUUCUGCAAGAACAUUCCAACAUUCCAGCAUUCACGUGGAGGUCAAAGGUUGUAUGUCAUGACCCCACGGGAGCAGCUGAGGAAAAUGACAGCACUGGGAGAGCAGGGAGCUUUGGAUGAGAAGCACUGGUACCGUCUGGUCAACGGCAUGUCAGCUGGAGAGCUGAGGCAGAGGCAGGAGAUGAUAAUGAGGAAUCAGAUGGCCAUGGCUCCACAGAUCCUUGCUCAGGGGCAGCAGAGGUUACAGGGGGUCCCUACACAGUUCGAACCUCGAUUUAUGGAAAGGGAGCUGGUCCCUCCAUCAGAGAUGGUUGCUUCUGAGGCCAGACAGAUGCACAUGGGCCCUCACCUGGGUCCACCUUUACCCCCACAUGCUAAUGUCCUGCCUGGGAGAGCUUUCCCCGGAACAGCUGGCUAUGGCUUCAUGCCCUCCGAGCCCAUGGAAACAGUUGCCCGGCGACAGGAGCUUAUUCACAAGCAAAAUAUAGCCCGAAUGGAAAUGAACGCCAUUCUGCACCAAAAGGAGCUGGAGAAUGCCCAUCAGAAGGGACUGAUGGGAAUUGAGAACCCCAUGUCUUAUCCUUCCAACCCAAUGGCAUUCAGAGGUCGCCAGCGCAUGCCAGACAGCCACGAUGUCUUUGUCCACCGUCCCACUCUGGAUGAACUGCACUCCAACAGCAUACUCAUGUCAGCGAGCCCCUAUCCACCAAUCAGCACUCUGCAGAGGGAGAGGGGACGCAGGGCUGGAAGGAGGCCGACCGUUCACAAAAGUGCAGAAAGCCACGUGGUUAACCUGAAGGGCCCGACUGAAGAUAAAAGUGUAGAGCAGAGCCCAGGAGCCACAUCUGGGGAGGAGAAAGAAGCAGAGGUGAAGGGAGACAUUGGAGACGAGUGUGCCUCCAGCAAGACACAUCAUCAAGCCAAAAUAGACUCUGAACUGGCCACAGGAAGCAGGAAAAAUUACAAAGAUGGGGAGUCGGGCCUGCGUAAAACCUGUGUGAAUAGUCAGGAUGGAUGUGCAGAUGUGGCCAACAGCGGUGCAAAUGAGAAAGAUAUAUCAAGCCAGUGUUCAGCUUUCCAGGAGAAGUUCAUGUAUCCCUCAGGCGGUGGGGCACUCACAGGCAUACCUUACAUGUUCCCAGUACCUGGAAAUGGCUUCCUUCCCCCUGGUCCUUCUAAUCUCUUUCUAAAUGGUGAUGAUGUGCCUGAAGACAUAAGGAAGUGGAGCGUGAACGAUGUUUACAACUUCAUUAACAGUAUACCAACAUGCUCAGAGUAUGCUCAGACAUUCAAGGACCACAUGAUUGAUGGAGAAACACUGCCACUUCUCUCAGAGGAACAUUUACUGGACACCAUGGGGCUGAAGCUCGGACCGGCUCUGAAGAUCCGCUCACAGGUGUCUAGGCGUCUUGGCAGUAUGGUAUAUAUGAUGAACCUGCCGCUCUCCACCGCCGCCCUGCAGGCCACUCCUGACAAGCCCGGGGAUCGCUCUUCAGAUAUAGGCUCCCCUGUCAACUGCAACAGUGAGGAGAUGGUAGCAAGUCCAAGAGACCCUGAGGUCCUCAAAUCCACAGAACACCUCCAUGACACAGAAAACAAUUCACCUCCAUCUGCCAGUAGUGAGACCGCCUGAUCAGAGACUGAAGAACUGAUACGUGGAUGUGGGUACACAUGAGUUCAUGGUGGUUGUUUACAUGAAGCACCACAUAUAAGAUGCUUUUGUACUAUUUAAUGCUUGGGUUUUUAAUACACAGGCUGACUAUAGCCAAGGUGUCUGUUAAAAUGGAUCAUUUUCUGUAUUUUUAGUUUGUAUAUAUUUUUAAUGCAAUUGUAACAGCAGGUUGAAAAGGGUGAGUGUUUUGUAUUAUGUGGUAUUAAUAUUUUUUCUUUGCUUUGCUUUUCAAGACUUUGUACAUCUAUAGCUUU